UAACUAUCUAUUUGCAACCAUAACAAAUGGUAAACAAAAAAACCUUGACCAAAACUUCAUUACAUUAAGUAUACCCACGCCUUGUUCACCCACACCUAACAAUUAAAAACAUAUGAUCCAAAGCCGCCAUUUUAGAAUAUUUUCGCCAUUCAUUGGUAAUCCAGUAGUGCUUCUAAACCUAGUGUUUAUGCAUGCAUGCAUAUGUGACUUGUAAUUAAGGAUGUUAUCUUAAGAUGUUAAUUAAUAGAUGUAACGAGUAAUAAAUGGAUGCGUUAAAUGACAUUGUAAUGUUGAUCGUAAUCAAAUAGACAGCUGACUUCACGCAAGAUGCGCGUAAACAUCGCUCUAUGUUUUCUGACGGCUGUUGCAGUAUCAGCUCAAAGCCAAACAUCAAUUCUGGCAGAACAAUCAACAGGAAGAAUCGAAACGACAUCAAAAACGUGUAUUACAUCUAGAGGGGACGCCGGCAGUUGCGUGGGAAGAAACCGAUGUGACUACGGGACUCAAUACAUUGAUUUUACUCUCUACUUACCCCAUGGUUAUAUCAAACAAUGUUUCGACGAUGAAGUAUGCUGUCCGUCUAACUUCGUGUCACCAGAACCGGAGCGUUUAUUCACACCGAGCUAUAAUUACGAUUUCGAUGACGAUGAUUGAUACAGGGAUAAACUUACCUGACCCGGUACAGGUAAAACUAAAUUAGGAUUAUUCCCAACCGUCACCCCAGCUGUCCCCACGUGGGGACAGAUGAGAAUAAAAAAAUCAUCCGUUCCAUCUUUUAGUGACACUGUCACCAGUAAGGUGACAGAUGGAACUGUUAAGAAUAAAAUAACUUCCAACCGUCCUCUUGUCGCAAAAGGUGGGACGGAUGAAAGUCCCCACGCGGUGACAGAGUGGGGUGACGAUUGAGAAUAAUGCCUAAAUUAGACAUAGUGUCGGUUUUAGUAUAACUGGCGCCCUGGGGGAGACAUUUACGGCGCCUACUAACAUACGACAAAGGCGCCCUUUUAUGUCCGGCGCCCUAUUCUAGUGCCGCUUUUGAUUGUAGCUUAGCAAUAAUAUAUUUGUCUAUAAGGAGGUCUAGCACGAAAAUUUGCGAGAAAUCAAUCAUAACAUUUCUUAGAGAAUUGUCGGUAUUUAUGCCCGAUAGGGCAUUUUGGACAAAUCACAGAAUUUUUGUCGAUAUAGCUACAAAUAUUUUCUUAUAAAAUUUCGUGCUUGUCCGUGAGAGUCAAAAUGGCGGGUGUACCAUCGCAAAUUAAAUUAUACCACUUACUAAAAAAAAGUGCCUAAAAUGUACUAUUUAGUACCUCGCUCAAAAUAAAUUGUACCUUCUCUAAAACGUAAUUAUAACGAAAUUACAGACGCUAUAUUGACGUCAAUAUGGCGGGUGUAACUUAAUUUCGUUAUAAUUACGUUCUAGAGAAGGUACAAUUUUCGAUGGUACACCCGCCAUUUUGACUCUCACCUUGGUCCUCUGGUCUUAUUUUAUGCCUAUAUAUGUUGUACAUGUUUUCUAUCAACAACCACCAUGGUGCCACCUGGCCAGUUAAGUUUGUCCCACUAUACAGAUUUAGUUGACUUUAGUUAUUUUUUCUAACUUAUUAAGUGAAAGUCACAUUGCAUUGUUAACUUCACACAUAAUCAUGGAACAUUUUUUAUAUAAACUUCAGUACAAAUACUAUUUAAUAUUUAAGGGAACUUAUAAAACAGUAAAGGAAUAAAAAAAGCAACGACUUAACGCGUUUUAUUCAUGACUUAAUCCUAGACAUUUAUUUCUAAACUUUUUAAAUAAAUCCAACAUCAUGAUAAAGGUAAAAAAAAUACAAAUGUAAAUACAUAAAAAAACAAUAUUAAUUUCAUUGGUUAAGAAAUCCUUAAAAUAUGUACAGUAGCGGAUUACCUUGUUCCUUGGAACGAGACAAAGUACUCUUACAAAUAACCAAUUAGGUUGCAGGUAAUUGAACAGUGGUAGAGCCCGCUUUAACAUCUUGGCACGAAUGAGC